GAUCAAUGGAGCACGGGACAAGCCUCAGUCCCUAGCCGACCACCUCAAUGUUCAAACUGAUGGAGAGCACUCCAGGUUUCAAAUAUGCUUGCGGCUGGAACAAAUUCAAUUUCGAUCUUCUCGGAAUUUGGCCUCAACAGAAUGUUAAUCGAAUAAAAAAAUACCGGGCACUCAUAAACGCAGGUUCGAUAUUAUUUAUUCUCACUUUGCCCCGGUUAGCUGCGUUGUCUUUAUUCUGGGGUGAGAUAGACGCGAUGAUCCAAUGUUUCUCCACCCACAUGCCAUUUGCUAUUGGAAUCAUGAAAUUUACGAUACUCCAUUUUCAACGAGAAGUCCUAGCGAGAUUUUUGCAAGCGAUGGAAGUUGACUGGAGUCUCGUAAAAAGUGAGAAGUAUUUCGAGAGCAUGAUAAAAAUGGCAAGAAUCGGCCGGAUUAUCUCCAUCAUCUCUGGAUCCAUGGCGCACACAGCCAAUACCUUCGGUUUCGUAGUCCAAAAGUGGUACAAUCUAGAGAGCUAUUACAUACAAGAUCCUGAUCCUCGAUUAACCAUGAAUCUCUUCUGGCUCGUCUAUAUACCAAUUGAUACAAGCAACACUGCCAAUUAUAUCUGUUUACUAUCUCUUCAAUUCUACGCAUCGUGCAUUGGCUGUGUAAUUUACUGCUGUUUUGACAGUUUUGUUGUUAUGCUGGUACUUCAUCUGUGUGGACAGCUACAGUGUGUCGAAAUAUCAGUAGCAGAAAUUGGGACUCAUGGGUCCACGAACAGCUGUUUCAGGACAGAUUUGAGGAGAAUUGUUCAAAGACAUGAAAGCAUCAUGCGAUUAGCUGGUGACCUUGAAGACUCGUUCAGUCUGGUAUUGUUACUGUCAUUGAUAGGCUGCACCUUAACAUUCUGCUUUGAAGGAUACGCUUUGAUAAGGCUUUUGGACAGAGGACAGUUGGGCUUCUUCCAACUUGGAUUUUCCAUGACCGUUGCAUCGGGGGCAUUCUUACAUUUAUUCUUCUGUUGUUGGGCCGGCGAUUUUUUGUCGGAACAGAGUAUGGCCGUGGGGAAAGCUAUUCACUGUAGCAAGUGGUACAAUUUAUCGGAUACCGAAGCUCGGACGCUCAUGAUGAUGGGUUUUAAAGCCUUCGUACCAUUAGAAUUAACAGCUGGAAAGUUCGCAGCCCUUUCCCUCAAUCUUUUUGUUAAUGUCGUCAAAACAUCAAUGAGUUAUCUAUCAGUUCUAUUGGCAUGUCAAGGCAGUAAAGUCUAG